UGAAAGAGAAAAGAUCAUUUUCAGAAAGAUAUUGUAAGGCGUUGUCUUCUUCGAUACGUCAAAGCCAACCCGACCCGAAUUGCGUUGACCAUGGCUCCACUGUUCAAAGAAGCUUCGCUUUUGCCUAAGAUUGCCAACGUCUUGGAGGUUCUGGAGCAAUUGGAAGAAUCGGAGGCCACUCUGAAACUGGCGGCGGCGGUUGGAGUUCCAGAUCUGACCCCCGAGCUCCGGAAUCUUCUUGACCUAACGGAUGUUCUGAAUCCGGAUCCGAAUCAUGAUCAGGAUCCGGUUCCAUUUCCGUUUCCGAAUCUGAACCAGGUUGAACUAAACCAGAUAAGUCGCACUUUUGAGGCCAGAGCUGAUCGCCAUCUCAAGAGUGCCAGACAGUUGCUGAAGCAAGAUUAUGUUCUCCUUCUGAAGAUCCUUCUUGUUGCCGAGGGAGUGAGUACCAUUAACCCCAAAUUUCCGUCUUCUGAAAUUGAUGACAAGAUCCUCGACCUAUUUGGGAAGUGUUUAAUGGUAGAAGAUGACGAGGUGGACGCCGGCGGUAAGAAAGAUUCAGCCAAGAAUGCUCCUCCAAAGCAGAAGAAGAGAGCUAGGGUUGCAAGGAACAUGAACGCGGAGGAUCUGGAGGGUUCAGGUAGCGGUGUCGCCGACUGGCUCAGAGCGAGGGGAGAGGUUAUUGGAAAGCACGCCACCGUCUGCAUUGAUCGCACCCUCGGCUUUGGAACCGACUUCAUGUUUUGCCAAGGAUUGAACAAGGUCACGGGGGGCAGAAUCAAAGCACUGUUGGAAGAGACUAGAGGCUUGCAGGAUGCUUUGAAGGAUUCUUGCAAAGUCAAUGGUGUGGAUGGUGAUGGUGAAGCUCAAUCAUAGAUAUGAUAUGGACAUCAGGUUUUGUGUUCUCUGUACUUUCUGACUCUGUAGGCUGGUAGCAGGAAAGUGUCGUAUAGAUAUGAGGCAUAGAUAUGGUAAUACACUACUACGGGAAUUGGUUGCAUGGAUGACAAAGCUUUGAUAUGUUUUUUGUGGCGCUGCAUAGCAACAUAUAGGCAACACAUGGACAUCAGGUUUUGUGUUCUCUGUACUUUCUGAUUGUGCAGACUGGUAGCAGGAAAGUGUGAUAUGGAUAUGAGGCAUAGAUAUGGUAAUACACUACUACCGUAAUUGGUUGCAUGGAUGAUGAAGUUUUGAUAUGUUUUUUGUGGCGCUGCAUAGCAACAUGUAGGCAAUACAUGUAGUGGUCUAAAUGAACAUUGUACUUAUAGGUUGAAACUCAUCAGACAAAUUCUUUGGUGAUGUGCUCUGUCUGCUAGUGAUACUUCUGAUAUUUUGGUUCUUCAUUUUCUGACACGUACACGUGCACACACUCACCCAAGCAGAUAUUUAGUUAUAAAGUAGUUUUUCCUUACUUGUUCUAGAGGCCUAGGAUUGAAAGUAACAACCUUACCUUCUUGGAUUUUACCCUUGUAAGUUAUAUGCAAGUGAGAUUUUAAUUUGUACAGGGGGUGAGGGAGGGAGGUAGGAUUA